GUUCCGUCUAAAAUUCACCGCGGAUAUUACCACCUUCCGUUUGGGCUCGGCCCAAUCUGCUAUUGGGCUCCCUCGUCCUCGUCUUCCCCUCCAUCCGCCACCGCCGCCGCCGCCGCCGCCGGCGAUCUUCUCAAGUGCCGCCGCCGGUGGUUCGAUUCUUUCUUUCUUUCUUUCUUUCUUUUUUCCCCAAUCCGUUCGUCCGCCCUCCACCUCCGACGCGGCGGCGGCGGCAUGAAGCGGCACCAGAUGGAGUCGGUGCCGAGGACGGUCUCGACGGUGGUGCCCAACACGGCGGAGGCCACCCACGUGUUCGACAUCGUGGGGUACAGCCAGAUGAAGGGGAGGGGCCGCGAGGAGCACGUCACGUCGGGGACCUUCGUCGUCGGCGGCCUCCACUGGGCCAUCCUCCUCUUCCCGGACACCCACGUCAUCCUCCUCGACGACGAGGAAGACAACGUCACCGCCUUCCUCGAGCUCCAGAGCCAGGGGGGAAGCAAGGUGCGGGCGUGCUGCGACGUCAGGCUGGUCGACCAGACCACCGGCCUCGCCUCCUCUGCUGCGCCGGCGCAGCCGGAUGCCAAGACAUUCAAGGUGUUCAAUGCCGAUGAAUCCAACAGGGUCAGCUGUCUCAAGAUGAAGAGGACCGAAUUCGAGGCGCCGCCGUAUCUCGUCGACGAUCGGAUUACCCUGGAGUGUGUGGUCACUGUCAAGAAGGAGCCGAGGGUGUCGAGAGCUAGACCAGUCCCGAGGAUCAAGGUGCCGCCGAGCAACAUGAUGCAGCAACUCGGCGAUCUGCUGGAGUCCAAGGAGGGGGCAGAUGUGGUGUUCGAUGUCGCGGGGGAGACCUUCCCGGCGCACAAGCUUGUGCUGGCGAUGCGGUCUCCUGUCUUCAAAGCGGAGCUAUGCGGGCCGAUGAGGGAGAGCGGGACAGAGCCUAUCAGCAUUGUGGAUAUGCAACCGGUUGUGUUCAAGGCCCUGCUCCAGUUCAUCUAUACUGAUUGGUUGCCGUCAAUUCGUGAUCUUGAGGGAGACGAUAACAGCGAGAUGAUCCGGCACUUGCUUGUCGCCGCGGACAGAUAUGCUGUGGACAGGCUGAAGCUGUUGUGUCAAAGCAUCCUUUGCAAGAAUCUUCGUGUUGGUAACGUUGCAACUACACUGGCUCUGGCUGAUCAACAUCAUUGUGGCAUGCUUAAGGAUGCUUGCAUUGAAUUUAUGUCAUGUCCAAACAUGUUGGAUGAUGUAGUGGCAUCCCAAGGGUUUGUGGAUCUUGAAAACACAGCUCCUUCUCUCGUCGCUUAGGCAAAGGAAAAAAUGGGCAGGUUCAAGAAAAUGUCGAGGAUGACAAAGAGCAAUGCACCGGAAGAUGAACCUAACAGUAAUUCGUUUAGUUUAUAAGUAAUAUGGAUAUCUGUCUACUUUUACUGGAUCAGGUCCUUGUGGUUACUUUACUCUCUAUAUAAAUAGAAAUAACUUAAACACUGGUAUUGCUUGCACCUAUUGUGUUUAGAAUUAACUUUUGGGUAAA